UUUACGUGGACGCUCACUCCCGCGCGGGGUCCCAAAGAGGAAUAACAACCGCCGGGGCUCCGCCGUUCCAGAUACGUCUGAACAUAAAAAGCUUACAAGGUCCCGGUCUUUUGAAUUGAUGAUACAUUGCUAUCUCUGUUGUAUUGGAGCAGUGCGUGGUACUUUGUGCUUGGCUCUUGAAGACAGAUAUCUCAUUCCAUCAUCUUCCUUCAUCCACCUUUUACUUGUCCGGUUUUUAUACAUCGAGAGGAAUUCAAUCAGGCCAGGGAGGUCCCCGUUUACAUUUUCCUAUUUCAUAUCCUGAAUAGGAACAGAGAAGAAAACAAAAAAAAGAAAAAAAAGAAAAAGAAAACUUCAAAGACAAAAACUAAGCAAAAUGCCCAAUCCCAAUUUCCACCUCCUCCCCGCUAAACCAGAAGACAUCCCUAUCUUCGCGGACAUCUUCUUCAGCGCCUUCCAGAGCUUUUUCAUUCACGAAUGUCUACCCGACAUCCCAUCCGUGCGAAACUGGUGGAUCAAGAGCCAAGAAAAAGAAUUCCAAGAUCCAGAUAACCUGUUUCUGAAAGUUAUUGAAAAGAAGGAGAAGCAGAACGAUGGAAGCAACGACGAGGAGGAUCCCAUCGUGGCGUUUGCGAAAUGGACUAAACCCGUCAAGGGAAGGAAAAUUCCUCCUCAACCGGAGUGGCCAGAGGGUUGUAAUGCGCAGUUGGCAGAUGCUUUUUUUGGGACGUUAAGCGAUGGUCAUGCGCGGGUGAUGGGGGAGAGGACGCAUUGGUUUCUUGCGUUGUUGGGAACUCGCCCUUUGUACGAGGGGCAAGGUGCCGGGUCUAUGCUUCUGGCAUAUGGCCUCCGCAAGGCGGACGAGGAGCAGCUCGAUGCCUUUUUGGAGGCAUCGCCACCGGGAGAGCCGCUGUACCUGAAGCAUGGGUUUGAAGUUCAGGAGAGAGUAAGUGUCAUGGUACCGGUUGACGGGCAGCUGAAGCCGUAUAAAAAUGCUUUGAUGGUGAGGAAACCGAAGCCUCUAGUAGCGUGAAAUGGCUGCUAUUAAGCUGGCAUAUGGGUCUUUCUUCUACUCUUGAGCGAGAAUACAGAAGAUUUGUUUCCGAUUUUCACAUCCAGGAGUAUCAAUGAGAUGAUAUCCAACGAUUGUUCAUAUGAACGUCCGCUUAUAAACAGCACAUUAUUAUAC